UGUAGUUACCAUAUUCGCAUUCAUCUUUUAGAUAAAGUUUUAUCGUUGCCCUCCAUGUAUCACGUGUUAUUUCUUACUUAUAUAAAUGUAAUGUCUCAUGUUUUUGUAUAUGUACAAACUGAGAGUUACAUGAAAUAGACUUUAAACUUUAAAAAAAAAUUAAUUUAGUUGGUGUAAACUGUAAUUUUACAAGGAUAUGAUUCAUUUUGGAAAGACGUAUUAAACCGAUUGACCGUGGCCGACUGGCUAAGCUUGCUGACUUCGAAUCUGCUGUUCCUCACCGCUGUGGGUACGAAACCUCGCUUUGAGUUUAAAAUUCUUUUAUGUAAGAAGUGCAGUGUAUUGGUGAUGACUGUACGAGUAGAUGGAACCUAAAAUCAAUAUUGGAAAACUCUCAUUACAUCUGGGGCUGAAGAGUCAAUGUAUAAUCAUCAACCCGGAAAUAAUACAAAAAUUGAAUAAUACAUAUGACUGACAAAUGAAAAUGUUUCAUGGAAGAAAACGAGUGUGUAAACUAUGUUACUGGUUAAUGAUAAUAACAUGCUGUAUAGUAAUAUCAAUGUUCCUAAGGAGACUGUACAUAAUAGGAAUAGGGUAUAUGCCUAAAAGGCCAGCGGAACCAUUUAACAGAAACUUCGAUAAAUAUGUGGUCAAAUAUAUGCCAAUCACUGGAAAUCAUCCCCUAUGAAAACUGUUAUUGUUUGGACGUCUUAUUUUGGCGAAUGGGGCUGGGAAACAUGGGCUGAGGAUUCUAUGAAAAGAUGUCCUGCCAAGUGCACUUUCACUCGAGAUAAAACUAUUGUUGGCGACGCAGACGCUGUACUGUUUAAUGCUAAUGACAUGUGGAAAUACCGGACUUUAAUUGGUACUUUGUAUGAAUUUAAUAUACCAAUGCCAGAAGUGAGAACUCCAAGUCAAGUCUGGAUUUUACUCAGCAUAGAGCCAAUGAAUACAAUGAGAGUAUCAAUGAAUCAGUUUGGGUUUAACUGGACAUGUUUACAUCGUAGAGAAUCAACUGUAUAUUACCCUUUUACUAAUUGGUUUAAAAUGUCCUCUGAUGAAAUCAAGCACAAAGAGACAAAUGUUGCCUCACCUGAAAAUUAUUUAAAAUCUAAAUCAAAAUUUGCUGCAGCUAUGAUCAGUAACUGUGAUGAUGACGCUAGGAGGUACAAAAUUAUCAGAGAACUGAAAAGAUACGUUGAAGUAGACGAAUUUGGAGACUGUUCUGGAAACGUGAUUUGUAAUUACAGAAAAUCUCCAAACGAAUGUAAACAGUUAUAUGACUACAAAUUUUAUUUAGCAUUUGAUAAUAGUUUUUGUAGGGAUUACGUAUCUGAGAAAUUUUGGUUGACAUUUGAUAGAGGACAAAUACCCGUUGUUGCGGCACCGAAAUAUAACUUAGAAAUGUUACCUCCUAAUUCCUAUAUAAAUGUGUUUGAUUUUAGUAGUAUUGAAGCAUUGGCUGAGAGAAUGGUUGAGGUGGGGGCCAAUGAGACGCUUUAUAACAGCUUCUUCGACUGGAAGAAAAUGUACAGUCGCGAUGAAAGAUCGGUAUAUUGUAAACUGUGUCAAGAACUACAUGCUAACAAAACUGCUCAAAGUUAUAUUAAUAUGGAUGGAUGGAUCAACGAAGAUAUUUGUACGAAACAAACGCUAUGGUCAUCACUGUCAGCAUUACUUGAGAGAUGGCUGUUCGAUAUUGGACUGGUCUAAAUCUUCAUCCCUGCCCUACUUAUCCUUUAUAUUCCACACUGCACACAAAGAACAGGGCGCAUAGGAAACGGCUAAAAUGUCUUUCCUUGGAAUGCCAGAAGCUUCUACCGAAAUCCAACUUGUCUAUCUGAUUUUUUCAAGGUGUUGACAAAAAUGAACAACUGUUCUAUGAUGUGAUACUCAAAUGAAUUUCAUCGUUGACAAGUUUUGACGUCCUACAAUUGUCCCUAAAACAAGUUUGUUUUGUUAAAUUGCCUCUUCAUGCUUUUAAUGUGCAUGUUAACUGAUUUCUAAGUAGUAUAUGUUUUCUGUAUCUUUUCUUAUCAAUGUUAUCGUUUAGAUAGUAUAUGACUUGCCUCUUAUUCAUGAAACGUCUAUGCAAGAGCUGUUUAAUUAACUUGCAAAAAUAAAUCCUUGCGAAUAUUUCUGAUUUAACCGUAAGCAUCUACAGAUACAGGUAAUUAGAUGCUAUAGAUUAGAGGUCAUUUACCAGGUAUUACAAAGCAUGAUUAAUUAGAGUAACCAGUGUCUCUUGAGAAAACAAUAUUUCAUAACUGGGAAGUACUUGUGCCAACUGGAUUAUUCUAUCUUUAGUGUUUCAUUAGAAAGUUUUCAUUUUUUUAAGUGUUUGAUGUAUAUUCGUCACUGGUGUCUUGUUUUAUUAUUUUUUAUCUGUUUGUAGUAACUGAAAACUAGUGAAAUUAUGUUUUAUGUUUUACUACAUCCGACCUUUUUAUUUACCCCUAAUCAUCCCACCCUCAUUUUUCUGUAUUUAGCAUAUAUUUAUAAUGUACUUAUUGCUGGAUUUUUGAAGCAACCUGUCUACAAUAUUUUUCAGUUACAGCUUCUUUUUGUUAUGGGCGUACUUUGCGAUGUAUGGCUGUGUUUUUGGUGCUAUGUGCUUCCGGGAAAUUUACUCUUACAUUUUAUCUUUUUAAUAGUAUCGAGGUCUCCAAUUUUAGAUAUUUUGAGAAUACAGCACUGUAUUUACGGUCAGUGUAUACAAUGUAUUUUUCUAACUGGAAUAUAUUUUUAAAUAACGAUUAAUGAUCAAUAGAAAUUGUUUAAAUAUCAGAUUUACACCUUAAAUAUGUAUCUUUCUUUCAAAGGAUAGAUGUAUAUAUAUAUAUUUAAAAAAAAAUGGUUAAGAGAAAUAAAAAAAGAGAAACCUUCCGUAAAUAAAUCGAAGACGUUGUUCAGAAAAAAAAAUGUGAAUAAGAAACUUUAGUUUUAUUCUGGAUUAAAUAUUAAACAAUUGACUUAAGCAGCCACAUGAAAAUAAAGUUUUAAAACCAUUGACUUCAGCGGCCACAUGAAAAUAAACCAUUGACUUCAGCGGUCUAAUGAAAAUAAACCAUUGACUUCAGCAGCCACAUGAAAAUAAACCAUUGACUUCAGCAGCCACAUGAAAAUAAACCAUUGACUUCAGCAGCCACAUGAAAAUAAACCAUUGACUUAAGCAGCCACAUGAAAAUAAAGUUUUAAAACCAUUGACUUCAGCGGCCACAUGAAAAUAAACCAUUGAAGUUUUAUUCUGGAUUAAAUAUUAAACAAUUGACUUAAGCAGCCACAUGAAAAUAAAGUUUUAAAACCAUUGACUUCAGCGGCCACAUGAAAAUAAACCAUUGACUUCAGCGGUCUAAUGAAAAUAAACCAUUGACUUCAGCAGCCACAUGAAAAUAAACCAUUGACUUCAGCAGCCACAUGACGAUGAACCAUUGACUUCAGCAGUCACAUGGAAAUAAACCAUUGACUUAAGCAGCCACAUGAAAAUAAAGUUUUAAAACCAUUGACUUCAGCGGCCACCUGAAAAUAAACCAUUGAAGUUUUAUUCUGGAUUAAAUAUUAAACAAUUGUCUUAAGCAGCCACAUGAAAAUAAAGUUUUAAAACCAUUGACUUCAGCGGCCACUUGAAAAUAAACCAUUGACUUCAGCGGCCUAAUGAAAAUAAAUCAUGGACUUCAGCAGCCACAUGAAAAUAAACCAUUGACUUCAGCAGCCACAUGUCGAUGAACCAUUGACUUCAGCAGUCACAUGGAAAUAAACCAUUGACUUCAGCGGCCACAUAAAAAUAAAGUUUUAAAACCAUUGACUUCAGCGGCCACCUGAAAAUAAACCAUUGACUUUAGCAGCCAUAUGAAAAUAAACCUUUGACUUCAGCGGCCACAUGAAAAUAAACCAUUGACUUCAGCAGCCACAUGAAAAUAAACCAUUGACAUUAGCAGCACCAUGACAAUGAACCAUUGAUUUCAGCAGUCAUAUGACAAUAAACCAUUGACUUCAGCAAUCACAUGAAAAUAAACCAUUGACUUCAGCAGCCACAUGACAAUAAACCAAUGCCUUCAGCAGCCACAUGAAAAAAAUCAUUGACUUCAGCAGCCACAUGAAAAUAAACCAUUGACUUCAGCAGUCACAUGAAAAUAAACCAUUGACAUCAGCAGCCACAUGGCAAUAAACCAAUGCCUUCAGCAGCCACAUGAAAAUAAACCAAUGCCUUCAGCAGCCACAUGAAAAUAAACCAUUGACAUCAGCAGCCACAUGAAAAUAAUCCAUUGACAGCAGCAGCCACAGUACACAUAUACAUCUGCAUACAAAGAUUUUACAUUCUUAUUGUUAAAAAGCAAUAUUUAUUAUUAAAGUUCCAUAAGGCUUAAAAUUGUAUGUUAAAACAAAGAUAACAGCUGUCCAAAUAGUCGUUACGCAUACUUAGAUGGCUAGAAAAGCACUAAUAUUGAUAUUGCACAUGAAAGUUUAUUGUUAGAAUUAUAAAGGGAGGUAAUCAAACAAUGGAUUAUGUAAUACGUUCUACUAGGUUCACCCACAUUCUUACCUUGGACUGUUUUAUGUGGCAACAAUUAUUGAAAAUAAGAUUUAAAAAGAAAUUAAUAUAUUUCAUGUUUACAACAACAAAAAUAUGGCAGCCAAAUUAUAAUCAAAUGCAUUAUGAGCCGUAAAUGGGUAAUAUAGUGAUGUUGUUCUGGAAUUUUGUUUUGACAGUUUUGACUGGUAAUUGCUAGAAAUCCCACAAGUCUAACUGAUGACUGUAUAGAUGAAUUUACAACGCUAUUGGUUGUCAUGAUGUUUUACUGGAUGUUUUGAUUUUAAUGCACAUGCGCACUUUACCUGUGGCAAACAGACUGCUUUACAAUAAGUAAACCUGGAACCACUGAUACGUAAUAGACCUUCCUGGUAAAACUACAUAAAAUCAUCAUUAUAUUAAGAAUUGUUUUGCCACAAUAAAGAAGAUUUUGAUGGCACAAUUAAUUGUACGGAAUGCCUUGAUUAAAGACAAAUAUGUUGUUAAUCAAAACUUACCUGAGAAGCUGGCUUUAUUCUUAUUUUCGUCAGAAAAGAACAAGUAUUCCCAAGUCUAGAUCCAAUCACAAAACAAAUAUAAAACUUGUUCCUUACAUUUGAAAAUGUCAUACUUUCUUUCAUUCUAUCCGUCAAAUGAUUUUUUUCUUCAAAAUUCAAAAAGCUGUUGUAUAUAUUAUUCUCCGAUUUGAAUGACAUCUAUAAUAAAUUCUUAGGGGACCCGGUUCUUUGUGACUGAAGUUGCUGUUUUAAGUAAUAUACGGGAUAUCAUAACGUUACUAUUAUGCAACUGACAUGAUAAAACAUAGCGUAAAUGUCUGUUUUGUAAUAACAUAGAAACAGAAAGCCAUGUACUGAUCAAAUGUACUUUGUAUGUUGAUAUCCUUUCCGCAUCCUUAACGUAAUAAAACGUAUUAGCGUCUGAUGGCCGUUUCAUGCUUCCGUAGAAUCAACAUUUAUUACACGAAUAUUUCUGAAAUGUCUAGGUCUGCAGCUUUCAAAUACGGUUAUAUCUUACAUCCGAGGCAUAUACUGACACUCUCGGACAACAUCAGAAAC